GCCUCACCCCCCUGCACCGGGCUUCCAUCAUGACGGUGAUGUCCGGGGAGAACGUGGACGAGGCGUCGGCCGCCCCGGGCCACACGCAGGAGGGCAGCUACCCGCGGCCGGCCGACCACGACGACCACGAGUGCUGCGAGCGCGUGGUCAUCAACAUCUCCGGGCUGCGCUUCGAGACGCAGCUCAAGACCCUGGCGCAGUUCCCCAACACGCUGCUGGGCAACCCCAAGAAGCGCAUGCGCUACUUCGACCCCCUGCGCAACGAGUACUUCUUCGACCGCAACCGGCCCAGCUUCGACGCCAUCCUGUACUACUACCAGUCGGGGGGGCGGCUGCGGAGGCCGGUCAACGUGCCCCUGGACAUGUUCUCCGAGGAGAUCAAAUUCUAUGAGCUGGGGGAGGAGGCCAUGGAGAAAUUCCGGGAGGACGAGGGCUUCAUCAAAGAAGAGGAGCGCCCCCUGCCCGAGAAGGAAUACCAGCGCCAGGUGUGGCUGCUCUUCGAGUACCCCGAGAGCUCGGGGCCCGCCCGGGUCAUCGCCAUCGUCUCGGUCAUGGUCAUCCUCAUCUCCAUCGUCAUCUUUUGCCUGGAGACCCUCCCGGAGCUGAAAGACGACAAGGACUUCACGGGCACCCUCCACCGGAUUGACAACACCACGGUCGUCUACACCUCCAACAUCUUCACGGACCCGUUCUUCAUCGUGGAGACCCUGUGCAUCAUCUGGUUCUCCUUCGAGCUGGUGGUGCGCUUCUUCGCCUGCCCCAGCAAGACGGACUUCUUCAAAAACAUCAUGAACUUCAUCGACAUCGUGGCCAUCAUCCCCUACUUCAUCACCCUGGGCACCGAGAUCGCAGAGCAGGAAGGCAACCAGAAGGGUGAGCAGGCCACCUCGCUGGCCAUCCUCAGGGUCAUCCGCUUGGUCAGGGUUUUUAGAAUCUUCAAACUCUCCCGCCACUCCAAGGGCCUCCAAAUCCUGGGCCAGACCCUCAAGGCUAGCAUGAGGGAGUUAGGGCUGCUCAUUUUUUUCCUCUUCAUCGGGGUCAUCCUAUUUUCUAGCGCAGUGUACUUUGCCGAGGCGGAAGAAGCUGAGUCGCACUUCUCCAGCAUCCCCGAUGCUUUCUGGUGGGCGGUGGUGUCCAUGACCACUGUGGGAUACGGUGACAUGUACCCUGUGACAAUUGGAGGCAAGAUCGUGGGCUCCUUGUGCGCCAUCGCCGGUGUGCUGACAAUUGCCCUGCCCGUACCUGUCAUUGUGUCCAAUUUCAACUAUUUCUACCACCGAGAAACUGAGGGGGAAGAGCAGGCUCAGUUGCUCCACGUUAGCUCCCCUAAUUUAGCUUCUGACAGUGACCUCAGUCGGCGCAGUUCCUCUACUAUCAGCAAAUCUGAGUACAUGGAGAUCGAAGAGGAUAUGAAUAAUAGCAUAGCCCAUUAUAGACAGGCCAAUAUCAGAACUGGCAAUUGCACCACAGCUAACCAAAACUGUGUUAAUAAGAGCAAGCUACUGACCGAUGUGUAAAAAGCAAGCAAACAAAAGAGGCCCACUUAGCAGCGUGAAAGACUUAAAAUAUUAAACAAAACCCCAGUGACCCAGGUCACACUUUGUAAAUACUAAAUAGUCUUUGAAUGCUCUAUUUAACUGUCAAUGCAUUGUUGCAUUGCGGAUUUUGUGGGUGGCAAAGCAGAAACUUUCAAGAUGUACCUGAAAAAAAGGAACUAUUUUUGUUUUAUUUAAAAAAAAAAAAAGGGGGAAAAGAAAGUGUAUUUUCUAAAGCUGAUUAAAAUGAAAUUCAGUUCAUGAGCUAGUCUAGGUAAAAUAAGAUUCAUCUGCGUCCCUAUACUGAAACCUUUUUAAUCCCGGGCUUCUUUAACUUUUUUUCUUUUAACUAAAAGUCAGAUGAUCACUUAGAAAUAUAAAUUUAAAAUUUGCAUGGGACUUCCACUUAAAAUCUUUACUAACUGCACAGAACCUUUUAGACAGUGCAUCCGAUGUAUUAUAUGUAUCAUGACAUACCAGCCAAAAGGGGAAAUGAACAAAUGUUUCUAUUUUGAUCAAUCGAACUGCAUAUUACAAGGUGAAAAAAAAAAAACAACCCAAAUUACAUAAGACUGGUUCACAAAGCACCUUACAAAUCUGACACUGGUCCUGGUCUUGUAGGGGUUUGCCCUCUGCCACAAGCCCCUUCUAAUCCAAACUAUUCUCUAAGAAAAAAAAUAACUGAAUGAAGUUAAUUGAGUCAUCUGCAGUGCUGCUAAAUUUCUCGACUGUAGAUGAGUUAAAUACAGGUCUUUUCUUACCUGCCCUGCACCCUGACUCCUGGCCUCCAGAACUGGAUGUAAAACUUUAGCCUCCUUAUUGCAAGAGAGCACAAAUGGAGUUAAAUGU